UCACCACCCCUUUGAGGAUCCUAUAAGCUUUGAAAAUUCUCAACAUCAUAUCUCUCAUACAGUCCUUUCCCAUGGCAUCAUCAUCAUCAUCUAGCAGUGGUACUGCCUCCCCUUGUGGUGCGUGCAGGUUCCUAAGACGAAAAUGCACCCAUGACUGUAUUUUUGCCCCUUAUUUUGGUUCAGAACAAGGCCCUGCAAAGUUCGCUGCCGUUCACAAAGUUUUCGGUGCUAGCAAUGUCUCCAAAUUGCUGUUGCAAAUCCCACCACAUGAUCGUCCCGAGGCGGUUGCCACCAUUGCUUAUGAAGCUCAAGCAAGGAUUCAAGAUCCUGUUUAUGGCUGUGUUGCUCAUAUUUUCACCUUACAACAACAGGUGGCAUUCCUGCAAGCUCAAUUAAUGGAAGCCAGAGCUCAUCUAGCUCAAAAUGCUGUGACUUCACAUAACAACAUUGAGAAUAUUUUUGAAUCAGCUCAAAUCAUGAUGAAUAUGCAAGAAAAUACAAAGCAGAAAGGAGUUUUCUUUCCAAGCUUAUCAUAAGAAAAGAUGGGUUGAAAUCGUUAAAUAUUUUUACUUUAAAUAUUAGGAAUUAUGAAUAAUUUAGGUAUUGUAUGAAAAAGAUGA